GGGCCCGGGGAGGUCCUGGGUGCAGGUUGCCGCCACGUUUGGUGCCUCAACCUGCAACUUUUGGGGCGUAGCGACCCUCGCGAGGCGCCUGGGCCCGGUUUCCCACGAGGCAGUCCUCCGAACUUGCUCCCAGCGGCGCCCGAGAGCCCAGCAGUGUGGGCGGGCUCGCCCCGGAGGCCCCGUCGAGCCGUUGUCUCCGUUGUCUCCGAGGUCCCACGCAGGCGGGCGUCGUCGAGGCGGCGGCAGGUGGCGCAGCUGGAGGCGGGAGUGGGGGCGGGUCCGGCGGGUCGCCCUCAUCCGGCGGGGAGGAGAGGCGGCCGAACGGCCCCCGCCUUCCCGCCCGGGGCCAUGCUGCGCUGGCUUCGGGGCUUCGUGCUGCCGGGGGUGGCCUGCCAGAAAGACGAAGAUGACUUAAGGUACGAGAUCCUUUUCCAAGACCUGGACAGCGACGGGGACGGGUUGGUGGACAUCGUCGAGCUCCAGGAGGGGCUGAAAAACUGGGGCUUAUCGUCCGGCCAGAACUCGGAGAAGCACAUUUUUGAAGCUGGAAAUACCAAUGAUGAUUCAGGAUUGGACUUUGAAGAAUUUAUGCAGUACCUUAAAGACCAUGAGAUAAAAAUGAGGCUGGCAUUUAAUAGCCUGGACAAAAAUAAUGAUGGAGUAAUUGAGGCUUCUGAAAUUGUCCAGUCUCUUCAGACAUUAGGUCUAACUAUUUCUGAACAACAAGCAGAGUUGAUUCUUCAAAGUAUUGAUACUGAUGGGACAAUGACAGUAGACUGGAAUGAAUGGAGGGACUAUUUCUUAUUUAAUCCUGUUACAGACAUUGAGGAAAUUAUCCGUUUCUGGAAACAUUCUACUGGUAUUGACAUAGGAGACAGUUUAAGUAUUCCGGAUGAGUUCACUGAAGAAGAAAAGAAGUCCGGACAGUGGUGGAGGCAGCUUUUGGCAGGAGGUAUUGCUGGUGCCGUCUCUCGAACAAGCACUGCCCCUUUGGAUCGUCUGAAAGUCAUGAUGCAGGUCCACGGUUCAAAAUCAGGCAAAAUGAACAUAUAUGACGGCUUUCGACAGAUGGUGAAGGAAGGAGGUAUCCGCUCCCUUUGGAGAGGAAAUGGUACAAAUGUCCUUAAAAUUGCUCCUGAGACAGCUGUUAAGUUCUGGUCAUAUGAACAGUACAAGAAGUUGCUUACUGUGGAAGGACAAAAAAUAGGAAUCUUUGACAGAUUUAUUUCUGGUUCCUUGGCUGGGGCAACUGCACAGACUAUUAUUUAUCCUAUGGAGGUUAUAAAAACCAGGCUGGCUGUAGGCAAAACUGGACAAUAUUAUGGAAUAUUUGAUUGUGCCAAGAAGAUUUUGAAACAUGAAGGCGUGGGAGCUUUUUACAAAGGUUAUAUUCCCAAUUUAUUAGGCAUCGUACCUUAUGCAGGUAUAGAUCUUGCUGUGUAUGAGCUCUUGAAGUCCUACUGGCUGGAUAAUUACGCCAAAGACUCUGUAAACCCUGGAGUCAUCGUGUUGCUGGGAUGUGGCAUCGUAUCUAGUACUUGCGGUCAGUUGGCCAGCUACCCCUUGGCUUUGGUGAAAACACGCAUGCAGGCCCAAGCCAUGAUAGAAGGAACCAAACAAAUGAACAUGGUUGGCCUCUUUCGACGAAUAAUUUCCAAAGAAGGAAUACCAGGACUUUACAGAGGCAUCACCCCAAACUUUAUGAAGGUGCUUCCUGCUGUGGGCAUCAGUUAUGUGGUUUAUGAAAAUAUGAAGCAAACUUUAAGAGUAACCCAGAAAUGACAUGUUGAAAUUUUUGCUUUAGGGUGAUUAUUGAAAUUUUCAUCAGUCCUCUGGAGUGACUUUUACCACCUAGAAUUACAGGUCUAUGGCAAAAGAAACCAUAAAUUUGUCACAAAAAGGAAGAGCAUAUCAAUGAUUACUUCAAAUAUUUGGGCUCAAUUUUAUAUAUACAGAAAUGUUAAAAAUCAUAGUUUUGAUAAGCUCACACAAUUUUGAAAAGGCCACAAAAUUGUAUUUUAUCUUUUCAUAUUAGUGCCUUUCGACAAAGCUAUGCCCUGAGUCCUAAAUCUGAAAAAUGUAUUGCUUUAAUUAAAUUUGUUUUGUGUGGUAAUUAUAAAUUACUAAUCUUUAUUUUGGUUGGUUCAAGUUUAUGCCAGUUCCUUAAUACUUAAAUGUCUUUUUCUAAAAAACAAAAUGAUCAGAAAACCUUGAAAUUUAAGUUGUUUAAUGUAUUUUGAAUGUCUUUGUAGACUUCUUAAAAUUUCCUUGUAGAACCAUUAAUAGAAAAUCAUUGCAUGAAAACAUACCUUACAGCAGCCAAGUAAGUAUAGGGCUUAUAUCACUGUGUUUCUUUAAGCUGAAUGAGAAUGAACUGAAGUGGCAGAAUUCCAGGGCAUGCAAAUAACUCUAGUCCAUUUACAUUUUUUGUAUAAGGAGAAGUGAUGAAACAGUAUUUACUUCAAUGUGCCCCUUUCCAUUUUCCUUGCACUGUUAUUUGGUUCCUGGAGUGACACACUGAUUGCCAGUAUAUUGCUGUUAAAUUAUCAAUGCAAGGCAACUUAUUUGAAAGAUUCUAUUUAUUCUGUCAUUGCUUUGAAAAGCACCAGGAAGCAAAACCUUUUAC